AUGGAUGAUGCUGAGUUGAGGUGUUUCUGGACCCUCCUCGUCCUGACCCUGAUGGUGCUCCUGCUGGCCGGCCUCCUGCGCGUGGAGAGGCACACACUGUGAGUCCUGCUCGGGGGCCAGGCUGAGGGGCCGCCCAUCACCAACAUCAUGUUCCUCAAGACGCACAAGACCGCCAGCAGCACCGUGCUCAACAUCCUCUUCCGCUUCGCCGAGAAGCACAACCUGUCGCUGGCGCUGCCCGCAGGCUCGCGCCUCCACCUGGGCUACCCCUGGUUCUUCCUGGCGCGCUACGUGGAGGGCGUAGGGCAGGCCGGCCCACCGCGGCACUUCAACAUCAUGUGCAACCACCUGAGGUUUAACCCGCCGGAGGUGCAGAAAGUGAUGCCCAACGACACUUUCUACUUCUCCAUCCUCAGAAACCCCGUCUUCCAGCUGGAGUCCUCCUUCGCCUACUACAGACACCUCACGCCUGCCUUCAGCGCCGCGCCCAGCCUGGCCGCCUUCCUGGCCGCCCCGCACACCUACUACAACCAGAGCCUGCUGCGCAACGCCCACGCCAGGAACCACAUGUGGUUCGACCUGGGCCUGGACCCCAACGCUCCGGUGGAGGAGAGCUACGUCCGCGCGCACCUGGCCCACGUGGAGCAGCGCUUCCCGCUGGUGCUCAUCGCGGAGCACUUCGACGAGUCCAUGGUGCUGCUGCGGCGCCGGCUGCGCUGGCAGCUGGACGACGUCGUCUCCUUCAAGCUCAACUCGCGCAGCCGGCGCAGCGUCACCAGCCUGCCGCCCGAGGCCCAGGAGCGCGCCAAGCGCUGGUGCGCGCUGGACUGGCGCCUCUACCAGCACUUCAACCGCACCUUCUGGGCCGCGCUGCGCGCCGAGCUGGGCCCGCGGCGCCUGCGCUCCGAGGUGGCGCAGCUGCAGGAGCGGCGGCGCGUGCUCUCCGCCCUGUGCCUGCAGGACGACGCGCCCAAGAACAAGACGCAGAUCACCGACGCCCGGCUGCGACCCUUCCAGUCCGGGGAGGCCGACAUCCUGGGCUACAACCUCAGGGAGGGCUUGGAUAAUGAGACGCUGCGCCUCUGUCAGAAGAUGGUCAUGCCUGAGCUCCAGUACAUGGCCCACUUGUACACCCUGCAGUUCCCCCAGAAGCGCCCCAAGAACAUCCCCUUCCUGAAGGCAUAG